CAAUGAGACAGCGUCUGCCGAGGGUCGUGUCUCUGCGACUGUUCUUUCCACCUGUCCCCGCUGUCUGGCUCUGUCGCCAUUGUCCCUCCAUUGCACCGAGGCACUGCAGGGCCUCACAGUGGUGCUCUGUCCCUCCGGCCUCUGUCCUUUUCCUCUCCACACAUCUGACUCCACCCACACAAGCCCUGAGCCCGCUCCUCGGGCCUUGAAACCUUCGCACAUGCUGUUCCCACUGCCUGGAAGGCCCUCCCCUGGUGGAUUCCCCUUCGACCUUCUCUUCAACGACCUUCUGCACCUGGCUCAAAUGUCACCUCCUCCCCAGGCUGGGCAUGAUGAACCAUUCUCCCUGUGGGACACGUGCUGACUUUGUUUACUCCCGUGACCCGGGGCCUAGACCCGGAGGACGUGACUCGAUGUGUGGCUCCUGGAUGAAUAGCGCAGCCACAGAGCAAUUUGCUAGACUAUGAUACGUCUGCUGGCAUAUGGUCCCCUCUCCAAAUGGGCUCACUCUCAAGCGACUUUGAACAGCUUCCCGAUGACGUAGCCGUCUCGGCCAACAUCGCCGACAUCGAGGAGAAGAGGGGCUUCACCAGCUACUUUGUUUUUGUCAUCGAGGUGAAGACUAAAGGAGGAUCCAAGUAUCUCAUCUACCGCCGCUACCGCCAGUUCUACGCCUUGCAGAGCAAGCUGGAGGAGCGCUUUGGGCCCGAGAACAAGACCAGCCCGUUCACCUGCAGCCUGCCCACACUUCCGGCCAAAGUGUACGUGGGUGUGAAACAGGAGAUCGCUGAGAUGCGGAUUCCUGCCCUCAACGCCUACAUGAAGAGCCUCCUCAGCCUUCCCAUCUGGGUGCUGAUGGACGAGGACGUCCGGAUCUUCUUCUACCAGUCACCCUAUGACGCGGAGCAGGUACCCCAGGCGCUGCGCCGGCUCCGGCCACGCACCCGGAAAGUCAAGAGUGAGUCCCCACCAGGCGCCCUCUUUGACCGCAUGGCCGCUCCGAGAGCAGAGGCCCUGUUUGACUUCACUGGGAACAGCAAACUGGAGCUGAAUUUCAAAGCUGGAGAUGUGAUCAUCCUUCUCAGUCGGAUCAAUAAAGACUGGCUGGAGGGCACCGUCCGGGGAGCCACGGGCAUCUUCCCACAGUCGUUCGUGAAGAUCCUCAAGGACUUCCCGGAGGAAGACGACCCCACCAACUGGCUCCGCUGUUACUACUAUGAGGACACCAUCAGCACCACCAAGGACAUCGCGGUGGAGGAAGACCUCAGCAGCACUCCGCUAUUCAAGGACUUGCUGCGGCUCAUGAGACAGGAGUUCCAGAGGGAGGACAUCGCCCUCAAUUACCGGGAUGCCGAGGGGGACCUCGUUCGGCUGCUUUCAGAUGAGGAUGUGGCGCUCAUGGUGAGACAGGCCCAAGGUCUCCCCUCCCAGAAGCGUCUCUUCCCCUGGAAGCUACAUGUCACCCAGAAGGAUGACUACAAAGUCUACAACACUGUCCCCUGAGUUGAUGGGGACUAAACAAAUAAUAAAUAAAUAAAUAAAUAAAUAAAUAAA